AUAAGGAAAAGCCAAAUACGGACCGUGCGGUGAGGGUCUUUUGCCAUCUCCUGCAAACUUUGACUGAAAUGAAUAGUUGGCACGCCGCAUGGUCAACGCUGCAGUGCUUUACGAGGGUAAUGCAGGAGAUCACACAACACCCCGAUCCCUCCAGGGAGUGUCAGAUUAUUGCCAAUUCGGCAAUGGCUGCUGUUUUUUGGAAGUGCUCACAUUACGCGUUUCAUGCCCAUUGUUUGGGUGUUGCCGCCUUUUUGACCGGUAACGGGGGCGAAGCGGCGGCGGCGGCUUCCAGGGCGGUUUUGGCAACUCUCUGUGUGCCUAAUACUAACAAGGAACGAAGGAAUUUUGAGCGAGGGUCUGACUCUGUGUUUGAGAAGAAUGCUCGGAUUGCGCAGCUUUUUGGUCUUCAAUCAGCUCCAGCGGGGCUGGCGCUUUGGCAACGGCUUCAACGGAUGCAGGUUUUUCAGAAAGCCUUCCCCGAGGUACAAGCACUGGACGGAUUAUUACGGAACGAGAUGUCCGAUGAAAAUAUUGCACGACAGGCCAUUAAACAGCUCUCCAUUAUUGUUCAGAAGGACCCUAGCCUGGAGAUGUACGAAAAACCCCUGCGGAAAGUGGUCAUUCAGAGGUACCUGGAGUGCAUGGCGGUUCGAACAACCCGUGUGGAGGCAUCAUCGCUCCAAAUAGGGGAGAAUGAAGCAUCGGAAGAAGUUUACAUCCAUGAGAUUGAGCCGUAUAUUCUGAACGAAUCUGGGAUUGCGGUGGAGAUCGAUCACAAAACGGGGUUCAUAUCGUUCAGCAACACGACGAAGAUGAGGGUGCUGGAGGCAUUCGAUGGAUUGGCGGAGCGGGUGGACUUUCAUCCACCUGCGCUCCGAAGGAAAAUUGAUAUCAGGCCCGAGCAUCUCCUGCGUGCCCAUGAUCGAAGCAGCAUUAUUCACCGCUUGCAGCACACCUGCGAGGAGACUGCGGAGGCGCGACGACAGAGUGCCAAAGAGAGGGAGGAGGCAGAGCGCGAGAACGCCAGGCUGGAGCGUAUUCAGAACGAAGAAAAGAAGAAGGAGGCGGUCCGCCUGGCGCAGGAGGCUCGGGGCCUCGCAGAGUACCAGGAGCACAUAAAUCAAAACAGACGAAAGGUUGUACUGCGCCGUCUGAAGGAAAAGUACAAGGGGUUUGAUGCCCCUCCGGCGUUGACGCUGCGAGCUUCCACGGACUUUGUUCAGGAGUUAACGACGCUGUUGACGGCGCAUCUCAAAAAGACGACGCAGCAGAAAACGGCAGAUGUAACGAAGAUGAACCACUUUGAACGGGCAUGCAGAGAACUUGAAAUUCCAAAGCGAAAAGCCAUUGAGCUUGAGGAAUUAGAGCAACACAAAGCGGAGCGGGCGGCGGCGCGGGAGAACUUUCUAAUCCAGCACCGAAAAGAGUUUGAGAAGCGGCAACUGGACAAUCAAAUACUAAAGAAAUUCAUUAAGGAAGCCGCUGUCUUUGCAGAACAAACACAAAUGAAAGGAAAGACUUCUAAACGUGACGAACAACAGAUGCUUCUUCAGCAAGAGAGGGAACGUCUGCAGGGGCUGUAG